AUGGCCAAACGAAAUACGAGCGCAGUUAUUGAUUUAACAAAUGAGAGUGAUGACGAGGCUGCGAUACCAUCAACUUCUACCAGCGCACUUCCCUUACCCCAUACAUCUAAAGAACGUCCUAGUCGCAAGAGACUUCGUUCUGGUGAGCGCUCAAAGUCAGCCACAAGUAGCAGUAGAACGUCAACGCCAUCGACACGCUCCUCCUCAGUCGUUAGCACAAAAGCGAAAUCGAAAGAACCGAGUCCACAUCCCCAAGUUCAUGGUUUACCCGUUCUUAAUGAACUUACCUGUCCAAUUUGCUUUGAUCUGGUGUCGAAUGCAGCGACUACAGCUUGUGGACAUAUCGCUUGUGCGAAUUGCCUAUUUGAUUAUUUUGAAGCUGAGCGUACAAAGAAUGAUGGAAUGCCGCAACCUCGUAAUAUCCAGCAAGCACGACAGCGAUGUCAAAAGACAAACGGAAAAGCGAGAACGAAGGAGAAUACAGCCGCAUAUAACUACACACAAUCCGGGCAACCUGAGCAUAUUUUCCAAGGACCCUGUCCAAUUUGCAGGACAGAGCUCAUGGGAGGCUGGGGUGAGGCAGUUAUACCGCUAUAUUUCAAAACUGUCGACACUAUCGACUAA